AUGUGCACUGGUGGGGCUGGCCACACGCUCUCUGCCGGCUGGGCUUGUCCCACCGCCCGGGGUCACAUCUGCUUUUUCUCCAGUCCGUGGGGCCCGUGGCUGCCCGGGGGCCGCAGCCGUGCCCCUCUAGGCAGCUCCUACAGCCAUCAUCGCCGCGUUGCUAAGCUGCAGGUCACCCCGCAGGCAGCAGCUGCCUGGCAGGCACGAAGGGCAGUGCCAGCUCCUGCAGAUGGAGCUGUCUGUCUCCUGAGCGUGGACGUGCAAAUAAUCAAAUCAGCCUUGCAUGAAAAGAGAGCUCAGGCUGUCUCGAACACCCAGUCUGCCUGCGGCGAGCCCUGGAGGCAUGUGAAGCUCCUGGGCUUGAGGGGAGUGCGCUCCGCUUUCGGGGCCGCUCUCUGCAGGCCGCUGCGGGAACCGCCGCGCAUGGCCCGGAGAAGCUCUGCCCUCGGAGGAAGCCUUGCAGCGAACCGGCGGCGGCCGGCAGGGAGGGGGUCCGCGGCGACCGCCGUGCCGGCAGCGGCGGGGCGGGGGACAGCGUCGCGGCCCGCGCUGGGGGCGGCCGGAGCGGAGGAGGGGGGCGGCGGCGGCGGCGGCGGAGUCGGGCGCUCCCCGCCGGCGGGGCCGGGCAGCGGCCAGCCCCGUGGCCCGAGCCCCCGCCGCGCCCUGCCCGUCUACACCCGCAACUUGCGACUCUUCUGGCCGCUGGCGACCGCUCUGUGCACCGCGCUCCUCUGCCUCUGCCAGGCCCUGCGGGGCAGCGCGGCCGAAGAGAGCGCGGCCGAGGAGGGCGCGGCGGAGGCGGGCUCCGUCCCGCUGCUCAAGGGCUCGGCGCUGCUGCUGCUGCUGGGCUGCCUGCUGGUCAGCUGCUGCGGCGGAGCGGGCGGGCGGCGGCGCGGCGGGGUGCGGGCGGCGGCGUCGCGGCGCGGCGUCCUGGAGAGCUUCUACGCGCGGCAGCUGCGGCUCUCGCCCCAUGUGCUGGGCCACAGCAAGGCGCACGUCGGGCGCGUCGUGGCCGAGCUGGUGCGCGCCGCCAAGGCGCAGGGGCUGCAGCCGGGCCCGCUGGCCCUCAGCCUGCGCGGGGACUUCGUGCGCAUCGGCAGCGCCUACGAGCAGCACAAGAUCCGCAGCCCCGACUGCUUCGACAUCCUGGUGCCCCUGCGGCUGCCGCCUCACCUGGAGCCCCAGCCGCUUAGCGCCGACGGGUUGGGGCCGAGGGGUGCCUUCGUCUGCGGCCUGCGGGCGAGGGCCGGCUGGCCGCGCCGCUACCGGCCCUUCGCCGAGGGCUUCUGCGUGGAGCUGCAGGGCCGUAGCCACCUCUCGUCGGGGCUGGUGCUGCGCUGGUUCCAGGGCCACCUGCAGCGGUGCCUGGGCGCCGUGCGGUACCGGCUGCAGGAGCGCUGCCGCAUCAGCCUCUCGGCCUGCGCCGGGCGCCCGCCCACGCUGCACAUCGUGCCCUGCUCCGACUACGUCUGCUGCCACAUCUCCAUGGCCGUGCGGCUCAUCCCUGCCAUCCCCCUCGGCGACGCUCUCUACCUCACGGCGCUGCCUCCCGAGGGCGCGCAGGCACCCCCAGCCCCCGCGGCCCUGUGGAGUCUCAACGCGUCCCGGCAGGAGCAGAGGCUGCUGAGCUGGCUGAAGGAGCAGGCCCCGGCCACCUCCUGCCACCUGAAGUGUCUGCAGAUCCUCAAGGGCCUGCGGGACCUCCGCGGGCAGGGCCUGGAGGAGCCCUUCUGCUCGCAGUGGGGCCGGGUGCUCUCCUCCUACGUGCUGAAGACGGCGCUCUUCUCGCUGCUGCUGCGGGGGCCCCUGGAGGCCUGGGACGGGCGGUUCCUGGUGGAGCGUCUGGAGGACCUGGUGCUGUACCUCAGGGACUGCCUGCGCAAGCAGGUGCUGAUGCAUUUCUUCCUGGGCAACGCCAGCCUGCCCGAGGCCGUGGUGCUGCCCAGGUUCCUCAAGGAAGCCACCCCUGUGAACUUGCUGGCCGCCUUUGAUGGGCCCACGCUGGACCUGGUCGCCUUCCAGCUGCUCAGCACCUGGAUCCAGGCCCCGCGCGUCAUCAGGAUGUACAGCAGCCCCCGGUACCUGCGCCCGGUGCCCGUCCCCUGCCGGCACGUCGCCGAAGCCAGGCAGGAGCCACCGGGAGAGUGAGCCGGGGACUGCCCGUGGCCCCAGCGGGGGCAGUGCAUGCUCCUGUCUGUGGAGAGCCCACGUCUGAGGACAGUAGGACCUGUUUAAAUGUGGUUCUGUGGUUUUGUCCCCGACCUGAGAAAAACAGGAAAGCAGAGACCGAGGCUUAUGAAACUGAGAUGUUGGUUUGAAAUGUCACCGGCUGUGGAUGGGGAAAUUGUCACAUUGCCUCCGUCCAGGAGUGUUGCAUUCAGUCAGCUGUUACCUGAGCACUGACAGGCUCAAACUGACAUUUCUGGACGUGGAGGUGAACUCGUUGUCCUGGUGCCAAAAUCGACCUUUUUCUGAGAUUUGCUUCUUAACGACACAAGAUCUGUUUGGGCUUUGAAAAGCCUGUAAGUGCAAACAGCCACCCCCCCACCCCCCCACCGUCCCGAGGUGCUCUUAAAAUGCACUGAGCACUAGAGCUGGGGUGUGGGUCGCAGUUGCAGGUGCUCCAUGACACCCCUUAAGUUGCCUGUGAACCCUCCGGUGAACGGUAUGAAACAUGUCACUGCACACUGCUGUGCCCCAGCGAAGGUUAUACUGAGGGACUGAAAGAAGAGGAAACAAACAGCACUUUACUUUCACAAAGGCCUUCUGUUCUGGGUGAUUGGCUGCACUAAAUGUUGCUACAGAGGCGGCAUCAGUACUUUGUUAAAGGAGUGAUGUUUGAACCAUGCCAAGGAAAACCUUUUAACCUUCUGAGGUUCAUUCCUUUGUGGGCUCUUGUUGGGUUUUGGUGGUUCGUUUGGUAUUUUCCAUGGCUUCGAGUGUUACUUUCUUAGAACUUGCUUUACCUCAAGGACCAAUGACAGAACUAAGAAAUUCUGCAUUGUUCUUUGGAACAAACCUUAAACCAGCCCAAAUCUCAGUGCUGUAAGCUGCCUGCUGCACCCUCCUGCUCUCUGCUCGGCGGUUGGUGGGACUUUGGGGUGGCUGCCUGACCCUUUGUCUGGUUGUGGCAGCGUGUUGACCAAACAACUUAAUGGGAUUUUGUAAUGCUGUGCUGCAGCAAGCGUUAUCUCUUUGUGGGGAGGAAGAAGUCACAUAUUUCAGGUACUUAGCACUGAUUUAUGGUACAGUGGCAGUCUUAGGCUAUGGGUCCUGGUGUCCUCUAAAAACAAACAUCAGCCAGAUAAUUUCCACUCCUUACCUGACUAUGUCCCGUCGCUGGGUUAAGCUGGUGGAUUGUAACACAGCCAGCUCUGCAAGUGUCUUCAGCUCCUGGUGCAGAAACCUGGUGUGUCCCAGGGGGUCAGCAAAUUCAGAACCCUAAAACUUUGCUUUGCUGGGUCACCUCCUCAAGUAUUUGCUGUAUUAAGAUCCUACAUACAUUGCUGAAUGGCUGGUGCUCAGGAAGUUGAGCCACUCCACUGUGUCCUGGGUGAGCAGCCUGAAAUUAGUUAGAAAUGGCUAAGUGUCACUUCUGGGAAGCUUCAGGGCAGCUUGGAGUCACUAAUACAUUCCUCUUGCCCCUGCCGGUGUGCUUUAUCAACAGUUCUGUGCAUCAGAGCACAAAGCAAACCUUAGGAAAAUCUACAAAGCUUUAUAAAACUCUAUUUUUGUAAAAGGAAACACUCCCUAGGCAGAUGUUUGCCUACCUCUGUCUAUUUUUCUAACUGCUCUUGCAGCCUUAUUUUCAGGUAAUUAUGGCCUAGGUCUCACCCGCAAGUUGGGUUAUUUUUAUAUAGGAGGCACUGUGCUUCUUUCUGCAAAGAGUGUAUUUACAGGCAGCAUUGAUCAGCUGUUCUUUGCACAUGGUAUUUAAGGCUAAGUCAGCUACCUUGGUGUUUGGGGUUUUACCUCUCUUGGCAGUAGGCCCUGAUAUUAUGUACUACUUUUGCAAGGUUGGGUUACUUGGUAUUUGAAAUGAGAUGCAGUUCUGCAGUCGAUGCUGUUGAGUCUUCUGCCCAAAGAAGGACUAGAUGACUGGCCCAGGGCAUUGUGACUGCCUGAACUCAUGACAUGAAAACCCUUGAGCUGUUAAUUCUGGCAUCAUAACCAUUUCAGUCAGCUGUUGGCUUGUUUAGGUCACUGCAUCCAUGCCUCCUGAAAAGGGGUGCGGGUUUGGUGUGCAUUUAGAGUUGCAUGCAAUACUAAAGUGUAGGAAUGCCAGGGAAAGACAGUUGCAUCAGGACAUGCAUGAGAGGGAGGGAUGGUGGGAAGUAUAAAUAGUUCAGAAAGUGAAAGUUGAGCCGAGGGGUGAGAGAGAAUGGUGGCAAACUCUCAGUGAAGAUGCACUGCAAGCGAGCCAAAGAACACAGGGUAACGUUGGAGGAGAGCUAUUGACAAAAGACAGAGAAAGAGAUUUCAGUGAGUUUCACUUUGACAGUAAUUCCAAAGUGGUUAAACCCAUGAGGGCUGAAGAGUGAGGCAACUGCCAGUUUAUUAGCCAUGCAGGCACACCUUCAGUGCGAGUUUUUGCUCAGCAGGGUGUUCUGGAGCUUCUGAAGGCUGGUGAUGGGAGAGAAGGCAUGCGUGGGCUUUAACUUUGGCCUCAAGCAGCCUUCUGAGGAGAGGGGCUGCCUGCGGUAGGGCAGUGUGCAUGCAGUUGGUGGGAGGGCUGAGAAGAUCUCAGCCUGGCUCCUGUCUGCCUUGUACUUGCUAGGUGUGCUUCCUUAUCCGCUAGAAAGCGUGCCUUUGUCAGGGGGGAGGGCACAA